AUGGACGGCAAUUUAGAUUGUCCUCAAAAAGAUGAUGAAGAUAUUAUGCAAAUCAAUAGUAUUAAUAUGGCAAAAUUUUUAAAAAAUCAUUUCAAAUGCAACAUAUCCAACAAGUAUCUUCAUCAUUGGUAUGUUCAAGAUGGAUAUUGUCACUGUCCUGUUUAUUACUCUGAUUGGUGUGAAGAUGAACAUUUCGAUAUUAAUUAUGCUGUACAGAAUAUAUCAUUUCAAAGUAUUUGUAAUGGAUUUACACAACUGAUUCCAAUAAAUAUCGAAGGAACAAAUGAAACAGAUGAAACAGAAUGUCAACAAUGGCCAUGUAAUAAUAUUUAUACUCAUUGUGAUGAUAUAUGGCAUUGUCCGAAUGGUGAAGAUGAAAUUGGUUGUGAUUUAUCUUCAACAUUAAAUUGUUUUAAAGAUCAUCAUAAAUGCGUUUCACCUGACACAAGUCAACUUAUCUGUCUGCCUGUUGAAAAAGCAAAUGAUGGCAAGAUCGAUUGUCUUGGUGCUACUGACGAGCCAAUAGUAUGUAAAACAAUUGAUCGACUAAAUAUUAUAUACAAAUUUUAUUGUGAUAAUAAAAUAUUUAACCAAUGUAAUGAUUGGUUGACGCUAUGCGACGGUAUUCGAGACUGUGACCAUGGAGAAGAUGAACAAUUUUGUGUAAAAAAUCGAACAAAUACUCCUUUAUAUGAGAGCAUUUGUGCUUCACCUUAUUCAUCAGUUCGUUCUGCUGCCGAGCAGUUUCUAUGCCAAGCAACAAAAUACAAGCGUAUACAACUAAAUAAAUAUUUCUUAUUGAAUGAAAUGAGCAAAACUCUCAAAGAUCAAACUAAAAUUGUGACAAACUCAAUCUUUUCAAGUUCAUCUAUGAUGCAAAUAUCUCAUCAACAUAAACCUAGAUGUCAUCGCGGUUUUGAUUUACGUGUUUGGUUAAACGAUGCAAAGAAUUUAACAACAAAUACAUGUCUUUGUCCACCUAGCUUUUAUGGUGAUCAAUGUCAAUAUCAAAAUCAACGAGUAAGUUUAACUGUUAGAUUUCAAGCAUUUUCAGAUUCUUGGUCAACUAUAUUUGCAAUAAUUAUUUCACUUAUCGAUGAUAGUGAUGAAAGAAUAAUUCAUUCAUAUGAACAAAUUACUUAUUUAUCGAUCAGAGAUUGUAAAGUUAAAUUCAAUAUUUAUCUACUCUAUGCAACUCAACCAAAAGAUCCAACAAAAAAUUAUGCAAUACAUAUUGAUAUCUAUGAAAAAAUUUCAUUAAAUUAUCGAGGAAGUUUAUUAUUUCAACUAACAUUUCCAUUUUUACCUGUCCAUCGUCUAGCAUUUAUAGUUAGUAUUCCACAAAAGAAUGAAAAAAUUCAAAGUUGUUCAAAUUCUCCAUGUGUUAAUGGUAAAUGUAUUAUAUAUUCAAAUAAUGUACAAAAUGCUAGUUUUUGUCAAUGUAAUCAAGGAUGGUCUGGACGAUAUUGUACUAUUCCACACACUUGUACUUGUUCAUCUGAUUCAAUAUAUGUUGGUGUAUCUACAUACAAUCGAUCUGUAUGUGUUUGUCCAAUUAAUAAAUUUGGUUAUCAAUGUCUUCUAGUUGAUACAAUUUGUCAAAUGAACAAUAAUUCAACAUGUCAACAUGAUGGCAAAUGUAUUCCUGCUGAUGAUUAUACGAUAUUAAAUAAAAAAUUUCAAUGUAUUUGUCCAAAAGGUUAUAUGGGAGAUCGAUGUGAAAUAGUUGAUAAUAAAAUAAUUUUAUCAUUUGAUAAUAAUAUUGUUUUAUCUCAAUCGAUAUUUAUUCAUUUCAUAGAAAUUAUUAAUAAUGAUAAACCAAAGCGUACGACUACGUUUCGUACAAUUCUUUUUAUACAAAAUUCACUUAUUAUUUAUUGGUCACGACCAUUUCAUCUUGUUUUUAUUGAACUUUACAAUAAAAUUUAUUAUUUAGCUAUCAUUCAAAAAACUUCUAAACAAUCAACAACAACUAAUACAAUGAUAAAUCCAUCAGAUCGUUGUCUACAUAUAAAUGAAUUAUUUAAUGAAACUAUUGUUAAAAUGCAUGCUCUUCGUCGUAUUAAAUAUUAUCAUUUACCAUGUCAAAGAUAUUCAUCAAAUUUUUCUUGUUUUUAUGAUGAUGUUUAUAUUUGUUUAUGUUAUGAUUAUAGACAACAACGUUUAGCAAACUGUUUUGAAUUUGAUCAUAAUAUGAAAUUUGAUUGUUUUGGUCAAAGUGUUUGUGAGAAUCAAGGUCAAUGUUUUCAAGACAGUCCAGAUUGUCCAGAAAGAUCAAUGUGUAUUUGUCGACCAUGUUUUUAUGGAGCACAAUGUCAAUUUAGUUCAACUGGAUUUGGUUUAUCACUUGAUGCUAUUAUAGGUUAUCAUAUUCAACCACAUAUUAAUCUUGUAAAUCAACCCAAUCUUGUAAAAAUUAGUUUUGUAUUAUCGAUAAUCUUUAUAGUAGUAGGAUUAAUUAAUGGAAUUUUAUCUUUGAUUACAUUCAAGAGUAGAUCUAUAUGCAAAAUUGGUUGUGGUUUUUAUUUAUUAAGUUCAUCAAUUACUACUUUAUUGACAACAUUUAUAUUUGGAUUAAAAUUUUGUAUACUUCUUCUUGCACAAAUGACAAUUAUUUCAAAUCGAUUAUUUCUACAAAUUCAAUGUUUAUCUCUUGAUUUUCUUUUACGAGUUUGUCUUAAUAUGGAUCAAUGGUUAAAUGCUUUUGUUGCGAUUGAACGAACAGUUACAAUAAUAAAAGCGACUAAUUAUAAUAAGAAAAACAGUAUACAAAUAGCUAAAAUAGUUAUUGUUUUUCUUUUGAUUUUUAUUAUUAGUACUAAUAUUUAUGAUCCUAUUUAUCGACGUUUAAUUGAUGAAGAAAAUGAAGAUGAUAAACGAUUAUGGUGUAUUGCAUUGUAUCCAUCGAAUUUACAAGUAUUCAAUUCUAUUAUUCAUACAUUUCAUUUUUUGGUUCCAUUUGUCAUAAAUCUUGUAUCAGUUUUUAUUCUUAUAACAAAAAUAUCUCGUCAACAAUCAAAUAUUCAUACUAAUCGAACUUAUAUAGAAUAUUUAAAAAAAAAUAUGCGAGAACAUACACAUUUAUUUAUUGCUCCUGUUAUAUUAGUGAUUCUUGGAAUACCACGUUUAAUCAUUUCAUUUGUAUCAAAAUGUAUGAAAUCAACAAAUGAUGCAUGGUUAUUUCUUAUUGGAUAUUUUAUGUCAUUUAUUCCACCUCUGCUUACAUUUGUUUUAUUUAUAUUACCAUCGAAAUUUUACAAACAAGAGCUUCAUAAGUCUCUCAUCAGUUUUCGAACUAUAAUACAACGAUAUUUAUAA